AUGGGAAUCUCUGACAGCCAAGCGAUGAUGGGACCUGGUACACUGUCGUACGACCCCAUGUUCGGUACCAUCCCCACGAACGCAUAUAGCGGCUCGAGCACCUGGCACGGAAUCGACGCAAAUGGUCAACAAAGGAACCAAGGUGGCGCCACUGUGCCGAGUCCAAGCACAAAGAGCAACACAGGAAGCACUGGCACCCAAGGUGAUGAGAAGGACCCGUUCUUGGCGCUCCUGGAGCAGCUCGCGGAGAAUGAGCAACGCUUUAACAACGGCACAGGGGAGCUUGAUUUCUUCCUUGCUGGAUCCGGCGUCGAGACACGAUAA